UCCAAAUGAAGCAGAAGGCGCAGGUAAUACUUCCAAAGCAGGACGAAACCGCCAGUUUAAAAUUUUGCGAAAAUGAUGAUGCAGGUGGCAAUCAUGCCACCCUCCCUCUCUCACUAAACCCUAUGUGACUCUAUGAACAAACAAGGCUCUCUCUCCUCUCUUCAUCCUCCGCGUUAAUUAAAACCCAGAGAGAGACAGAAGAGAGGAGAGAGGGGCCUUGCUUGGUUUCUGAGACACAGUAGCAGCUCUCUCCCCAAUUUUAUCCCUGCAGUGGAGAAAGAAAAUGCCUGGAGCGACUCUGCUCACCCAACAACUCAACAACUUCAUCCGCUCCUUGCGAGAGCAGGGAAUACUGGACUUCCACUUUGAAGAACUGAAAGAGUUAGAAAGCGACACUCCUUGCUUAGUUGUGGAAGCAAUAACCAUGUUCCUUCGCGACGCUGACUGUUCUAUAGCAGAACUUCUAAGAACUCUGGGUGCACCUCUGAUCAACUACACUAGGGUGACAGAAAUUGCCUUCCAGCUCAAAGGAAGUAGCUCAAGUGUUGGUGGUUGCCGGAUGGCCCAUGCCUGUUGUGAGCUUCGAGAUGCAAGUGAAGCAUAUUCCAAAGAAAGGUCCCUUUCAGGCUUUGACAGGGUCAGACGUGAGUAUCUUGUCUUGCGGGAGAAUCUGAAUCAAAUUCUUCAGAUGGAACAUGCAAUUAACGCGUUUGAGCCCAGAAGGCGCCGUCAGUAGAGAGGUCGUUUGUUCAGUCUGCUAGCUUUUCGCCAGAGGAUCAGAUCAUGUGGAAUAUUAGCUGUAUACUAGUGUUUAUUACAAGAACUUGGUAUCUUUUGUAGACCGGUUUAUGACUAGAUUUGUGGUGUAUGAAGUGAAUGUAGUUGAGACUGACUGACUGUUUCAUGUUGUGAUAUAAAGUUGGGACUUCAUUA